GGUGUUUGCCCCGGAAGUGGCUGUCUUCAGCUGACAGUGCUGAUAAGGUGGCGGCGGCGAAGGCAGCGGCAGGUCGGGAGCAAGAUGGCGCUGCGGCCAGGAGGUGGUUCUGGCGGCGGCGGGGCCGCGGGAGCCGGCGCGGGGUCCGCCGGGGGAGGCGGCUUCAUGUUUCCUGUUGCAGGUGGGAUAAGACCCCCUCAAGCAGGCCUGAUGCCGAUGCAGCAACAAGGAUUUCCUAUGGUCUCUGUCAUGCAGCCUAAUAUGCAAGGCAUUAUGGGAAUGAAUUACAGCUCUCAGAUGUCCCAAGGACCUAUUGCUAUGCAGGCAGGAAUACCAAUGGGACCAAUGCCAGCAGCGGGAAUGCCUUAUCUAGGACAAGCACCCUUCCUGGGCAUGCGUCCUCCAGGCCCACAGUACACUCCAGACAUGCAGAAGCAGUUUGCCGAAGAGCAGCAGAAACGAUUUGAACAGCAGCAAAAACUCUUAGAAGAAGAAAGAAAAAGACGCCAGUUUGAAGAGCAGAAGCAAAAGCUCAGACUUUUGAGCAGUGUGAAACCCAAGACUGGAGAGAAGAGUAGAGAUGAUGCUUUGGAAGCCAUAAAAGGAAAUUUAGAUGGGUUUUCCAGAGAUGCAAAAAUGCACCCUACUCCAGCAUCGCACCCCAAGAAACCAGAUUGCCCCACAUCAUCUCAUUCUACUAAAACUGUCUCCCCAUCACCUGCCUUUCUUGAUGAAGAAGAAUUCAGUGACUUUAUGCAGGGACCUGUUGAAGUUCCCCCAUGUGGGCCUUCUUCCACAUCCCAGCCCUUUCAGUCUUUCCACCCCUCCACCCCACUUGGCCAGUUGCAUACACAGAAGGCUGGGACACAGCCUCUCCCUCCAAGUCAGAGUCCAGUGCCUUUUGCCUUACAUGGUGUCCCUGGGCAAAUUCCUUACUUCUCUACUGCUUCAGCCUCACACAGUGUACCAAAAGCAGGCCCUUCCUUGGAGGAGAAGUUCCUAGUAUCUUGUGAUAUAAGUACAUCUGGGCAGGAACAAAUUAAAUUAAAUACUUCUGAAGUUGGCCACAAAGCCUUAGGCCCAGGUUCCAGUAAGAAGUAUCCCAGUUUAACGGCCAGUAACGGGGGUGCUGUAGAUGGAUGUGUAAGUGGUACCACCACUGCAGAGGCAGAAAAGACUUCAGAUCAAAACCUGUCAAUUGAAGAGAGUGGUAUGGGAGUAUUUCCCUCACAGGAUCCUGCUCAGCCCAGAAUGCCUCCUUGGAUUUACAAUGAGAGUUUGGUUCCAGAUGCCUAUAAGAAAAUCUUAGAAACCACAGUGACUCCAACUGGAAUAGAUACUGCCAAACUGUAUCCCAUUCUGAUGUCAUCUGGGCUUCCCAGGGAAACUCUUGGACAGAUAUGGGCCUUAGCUAAUCGAACUACACCUGGCAAACUUACAAAAGAAGAACUUUAUACCGUUCUAGCCAUGAUAGCGGUAACACAGAGGGGCGUUCCCGCAAUGAGUCCUGAUGCUUUAAACCAGUUCCCAGCAGCUCCUAUUCCAACUUUAAGUGGCUUUUCUAUGACUCUGCCUACGCCGGUGAGUCAGCCAACCGUGAUACCUUCAGGCCCUGCGAGCUCCAUGCCCCUCAGCCUUGGACAGCCAGUCAUGGGCAUUAACCUUGUUGGACCAGUGGGUGGAGCUGCAGCCCAGGCUUCUAGUGGUUUCAUACCAACCUAUCCUGCAAAUCAGGUAGUAAAGCCAGAAGAAGACGACUUCCAGGAUUUUCAAGAUGCUUCUAAGUCAGGAUCCCUUGAUGACUCAUUCAGUGAUUUCCAAGAGUUGCCUGCUUCUUCAAAAACAAGUAACUCCCAGCAUGGAAACAGUGCCCCUUCUUUGUUGAUGCCACUUCCUGGAACUAAAGCAUUGCCUUCAGUGGACAAAUAUGCUGUGUUUAAAGGAAUUGCAGCUGACAAGUCCUCUGAAAAUACUGUUCCACCUGGAGAUUCUGGUGAUAAAUAUAGUGCUUUCAGAGAACUCGAACAGACAGCAGAGAAUAAACCUUUAGGAGAAAGCUUUGCAGAAUUCAGAUCUGCGGGAACUGAUGAUGGUUUCACCGAUUUUAAAACAGCUGAUAGUGUAUCACCACUAGAGCCACCGACAAAAGACAAAACUUUUCCACCAUCCUUCCCCUCAGGAACUAUACAACAGAAACAACAAACACAAGCGAAAAACCCUCUGAACUUAGCAGACCUAGAUAUGUUUUCCUCAGUUAAUUGCAGCAGCGAGAAACCAUUGUCUUUUUCAGCUGCGUUUAGCACAUCAAAAUCAGUUUCCACACCACAGUCAACAGGUUCUGCUGCUACUACGACAGCAUUGGCAUCAACAAAACCUUCUAGUUUGGCUGAUGAUUUUGGAGAAUUCAGCCUUUUUGGGGAAUAUUCUGGUCUAGCACCUGUUGGGGAGCAGGAUGACUUUGCAGAUUUUAUGGCUUUCAGUAAUAGCUCUAUUUCAUCUGAGCAAAAGCCAGAUGACAAAUAUGAUGCCCUUAAAGAGGAACCCAGUCCUGUUCCUCUAACCAGCAACGUGGGCAGCACAGUGAAGGGUGGACAAAACUCGACUGCUGCGUCUACCAAGUAUGAUGUCUUCAGACAACUUUCUCUGGAAGGGUCUGGACUAGGUGUUGAAGACCUAAAAGAUAACACUCCUUCAGGAAAAAGUGAUGAUGAUUUUGCUGACUUCCACUCCAGUAAAUUUUCUUCCAUAAGCUCGGACAAAUCCCUGGGAGAGAAAGCAGUGGCUUUCAGACACACCAAAGAAGACUCUGCAUCAGUGAAGUCCUUGGAUCUCCCUUCCAUUGGUGGCAGCAGUGUUGGCAAGGAGGACUCUGAAGAUGCACUCUCUGUUCAGUUUGACAUGAAAUUGGCUGAUGUGGGAGGAGAUCUUAAGCAUGUCAUGUCUGAUAGCUCUUUGGAUUUACCAACAGUUAGUGGCCAGCAUCCUCCUGCUGCAGCAGGAAGUGGAUCCCCCUCAGCCACCUCAAUUCUUCAAAAGAAAGAGACUUCAUUUGGCAGUUCUGAAAACAUCACCAUGACAUCUCUCUCCAAAGUAACGACCUUUGCAAGUGAAGAUGCUCUUCCAGAGACCACCUUCCCAGCUUUUGCCAGUUUUAAAGACACGAUGCCUCAGACCAGUGAGCAAAAGGAAUACGAAAACAGAGACUAUAAAGAUUUCACAAGACAGGACCUGCCCACGGCUGAACGGAGCCAGGAGGCCACGUGUCCCAGCCCAGCGUCCAGUGGCGCCUCUCAAGAAACCCCCAACGAAUGUUCUGAUGACUUUGGAGAGUUUCAAAGUGAAAAGCCCAAAAUCAGCAAAUUUGACUUCUUAGUAGCCACUUCACAAAGCAAAAUGAAAUCCAGUGAAGAAAUGAUCAAAAGUGAGCUGGCAACCUUUGACCUUUCUGUUCAAGGAUCACACAAGAGGAGUUUGAGCCUUGGUGAUAAAGAAAUAAGCCGUUCUUCUCCUUCUCCGGCUUUGGAGCAGCCUUUCAGAGACCGUUCCAAUACUCUGAAUGAGAAGCCCGCCCUGCCCGUAAUCCGAGACAAGUACAAAGACCUGACGGGAGAGGUGGAGGAAAAUGAGAGAUAUGCAUAUGAAUGGCAGAGAUGCCUGGGGAGUGCCCUGAAUGUCAUUAAGAAGGCAAAUGAUACCUUAAAUGGAAUCAGUAGUAGUUCUGUUUGCACAGAAGUAAUUCAGUCAGCUCAAGGCAUGGAAUAUUUAUUAGGUGUUGUUGAAGUGUACAGGGUGACCAAGCGUGUGGAGCUGGGGAUAAAAGCCACUGCAGUGUGCAGUGAGAAGCUCCAGCAGUUGCUGAAGGACAUCGAUAAAGUGUGGAAUAACCUCAUCGGCUUCAUGUCACUCGCCACACUCACAAUGAAGAAACUGAAGCACAGAGAUACUGCUGAGGCCUGGGUUUAUUCUGAAAGUCAGAAGUCAACUUUCUCAACCUCUAUUCUUUGUGGCGUCCUUGAGAUGGACAGGUUGGGUGGGUAAAACCAGAGAGGUACUAAAGUUUUUGUCGGGGGGAGUGCGUUGAUUUUAGCAUCAAGGUUAAUGAGUUCAAACGCCAGGAGUCUUUUCUGGCAGCAACUUGUUAUAAACAGUCGAGUUCUUUUCUGCACAUUGCCCUUGUAUAUAUAUACCAGGACUGUAGAGUAACUUAAAAGCCUCCUUCUUUACAUUUAGAUUUUAAGGUUCUUUGUUUGGGUGACAGUCGGUUCUUAUUGCAGUUAACACCUGAAAACUAGAUUUCUAUACAACCCCCAAAUCAGCCACCCAUCUCUUCUCUCCUAGUGCUGCUGGGAAAAGAUGACUGUGAUUACAGAGCGUCUCUCUCCUUACCAUGAGCUCUUAGAAUAAAAGGUGUCACAGAGACCAGGCGUACUUGCCAAGCUUGAGAAUUUGGGGAAAGGAUAAGUGGGGAGAUUCCUGGGUUGCUGCUGUGCAUUUACUUCUUGAGGUAGCUCGUCUCACCACGUGAAGUGCAAGCCAGUUUCAUUUUUGUACCUUUUCCCAAGCUCCUGUGGCUACAAGCUUGCUACAGCUGCACCUUCUAGACUCUGAACACCCCUCCACACCUUUUCUUUUCUUUUUUUGUUUUUUUUUUUUUUUUUGGUAAAAUACAUAUAUAUAUAUACAAUAAGAUGCGAAAAUCUUGGUUGUACCACUCCAUGAGUUUUGAAAAAUGCAUACCCUCAUAUAACCCAUGCCUCCAUCAAGAUACAGACUACUCCAUCAUUCCAGAAGUUUUCUUAUGCACCUUCCUAAUCAUCACCCUACUCAGAUAUAAACCCUGGUGUGAUUUUUUUUUUAUACCAAGGAUUAGUUUUGUCCAGACCUUUUUAAAGAGACCUUGGAAUUUGAUUUUGUUAUUUUGAAGAAAGCCUAUUGGGUUUGGGGCCCAUCUAACCUGGAGCAUUGCCCUGUUCACAUAUGGUGGCUCUUACUCCUUUAGUAUAAACAGAUGUGAGGUAAAUGGAGAAAAGGGCUGUGCAUUUAUGCCUUUCCCUCAGACUCCCCUUGUAAGCAUCCUUUUCUAGCAUCAAUGUUGAACCCACAGAUGUGGAACCCAUGGAUACCGAGGGCUGACUGUACCGGCAGAGCUUUAUGCUCUCUUUCUCUUUAAUACUCUUUAUCCAUGGACUAAGACUCCCUCUUGUGGUAGAAGCAUGUCUCCUCCGGGCACAGACUGAAGACCUGCUUCUUUCUCAAGAGGUAAAACUCACCUGGUGUAGUGAGAUGUGAUGGUUGGCUCCCUGAGUGACUUGCCAUCUAAGGUUUUAUCUUGUGAAGUGGGUUGAAGUUCAGUAGGUUUGGAACAAACAGAGAAUUCUGUCCUGGAAAAUUAAUCGAUUUUUACCAUAUAAAAUCUAAGAGAAGAGAAAAGGUUGUUAUUCGCCUGAAUUUUAGUCAAUUGGCAAUCACACAGGCUCUCUGAUUCCACUGUUCACCUCAGUGAAAUGUGAAUUCUUUAUUACUUCCUUUCAAUGUGAAAUUGACCAGUGAAUUUCAGAGUCCUUAUUUCCUAUUGCUAUGACAUAUCAGGAGAACAGUUUAUUUUCAAUGGUGAUAGCAUUUUUGUCGUCUUGCCAGUCUGCACAAUGUUUUAGAGACAGGAUCUUUACUAUGUCUCUGCAUGGCUGUCCUCAGUUGACAGAAGGCAGCUGUGGUAGACAGAAUGAUGGCCCCCUCAAAGCUACCCAUGUCCCAGGAACUUGUCAAUAUGUUACCUUUGCAAAUGGGAUUAAGUUAAAGGUCUUUGUUUGGGGAAGGUAUCCUGGAUUUUCCAGGUGGCCCCAAUGUCAUCACAUGGAUCCUUAGAAGGGGAAGGUAGGAGGGGAAGAGUGAGAAAAAGUGAUGUGACAACAGAAGCAGAGAGAAGAAGAGAGUGGCAGAUGCUACCUGCUGGCUUUGAAGAUGGGACCAUAAGCCAGGGAAUGCAGAGGCCGUCCCUAGAAGCUAGAAAAGGCAAGGAAACAGAUUUUCCCCUAGAACUCCCAGAAGGAAUGCAGUCCUGCUCACCCAUUUUAGACUUCUGAAAUCCACAAGUAUAAGAGGAUACAUUUAUGUUGUUUUAAGCCAUUAAGUUUGUGCUUUGUUACAGCAGCAAUACGAAAGAUUAUACAAGACAUUGUAACCAAGCAAAUAUCAAAACCUUAUAAUUGCCUAUGGAACCUGUGUCUAGAUCACCCUUUGUAUCAGUCAAAUUAGACUAGGUUAUGCUUCAGUAACAAACAGCUUCUUCCAUCUUAGCAAAAGCAAAGCUUUAUUUCUUGCUCAGGCUGUAUGUCCAUCUCAAGUUGGUGGGGGGCUCUGUGCCAUGUCCUUACCCAGGGACCCAGGUUGACAGAGCCUCCACCAUGUGGAACAUAGCUGGUCACCAUGGGAGUGUCAAGGAAACAUGAGAAAUAGCACAUUGGUCUUAAAGGCUUCCUCCCAGAGGUGACACUCUGACUUUUUUUUUUUUUUUUUGAGAUGGCAUCUUCCUCUGUCGCCCAGGCUGGAGUGCAGUGGUGCAAUCUCAGCUCACUGCAGCCUCCACCUCUUGGGUUCAAGCUAUUCUCCUGCCUCAGCCUCCCAAAUAGCUGGGAUUACAGGCACCCGCCACCACACCCGGCUAAUUGCUUUGUUUUGUUUUGUUUUUGAGACGGAAUCUCACUCUGUCGCCCAGGCUGGAGUGCAAUGGCGCGAUCUUGGCUCACUUCAACCUCCACCUCCUGGGUUCAAGCAAUUGUCCUGCCUCAGCCUCCUGAAUAGCUGGGAUUACAGGCAAGCGCCACCACACCUGGCUAAUUUUUGUAUUUUUAGUAGAGACGGGGUUUCAUCAUGUUGGCCAGGCUGGUCUCGAAGGCCUGACCUCGUGAUCCGCCUGCCUUGGCCUCCCAAAGUGCUGAGAUCACACGUGUGAGCCACCGCGCCCGGCAUUUCUUUGUAUUUUUAGUAGAGACGGGGCUUUGCCAUGUUGGCCAGGCUGGUCUUAAACUCCUGACCUCAGGUGAUCCACCCACCUCGGCCUCCCAAAGUGCUGGGGUUACAGGUGUGAGCCACCAUGCACCCGGCCUACAUGUGACUUUUGCUUAGUUAUUGACUGUGGCAAGUUACAGGCCAAUGCCUGAUUGAAAAAGGGGCAGGGAAGGCCCAUCCUGCCAUUCCAUAAAAAGGAGAAAGAUCAUUGGUGAAGAACACUAAUUACUACAAACUCUUCUUCCUUAAUAAGGAUCUUCUUGGACACCAUUGUAGCAGUUUAUUGGAGGCUAAAGAUUCAGGAUUAUAUAUCUUAGUCUGACAUUGGGACUUAUCAGUGUCAGUAGGCCAUAUAUAAUAUGUAUAUGUUUUUUAAAAUCUUUACUAAAUGCAUGAAAUACUUGCCAAAUGAGAUUAUCAAUUUAAGGUGACUUGUAGAGGGCAUACCUUCUUAUAUGAUGACACCCAAACUGUUAUCUUAUACGAUUGGUGCCAAACUGUUACUAUUACCCUACAAUAAACACCCUGUUUAUACAUGUGUA